AUGCCUGCCAAGGGUGCCUCGACCCGUCUCAACCCCGUCCGUUUGCAGACCAUCCCUCAUCUCCGGGUCCGCCGUCCGAAUCAACAUGAGCAGAAUCCCUGCGUGACCGUGAUGUCCACGAUGUUGAGCUGCUGGGCUUCGUCGGGGUUCGGUUCGGAGAACUGUGCGGCGAUUGAAACGCAAUUGAAGAAGUGCAUGGAUCAACCGAAAUCGCAGGGCGAGAAGAAGAACACCAUCAACUACCACCUUAUGAGAAUGUACCCAAAGGUCGUUGGGCCCCAGAAGAGGGAUGGCAAGCUUGGUUAA